AGAGCCAGACGAGUAGGGUGACGUCUCCCUCCGCUUCCGCUCGAAUCAGCCAAUCAGAGCCGAGUGAGCCGCAGCUUAUAAGCCCAUCUGCUGUCGAUCCUUUCGCCCUGACCGUCCCUGCUGUCCUGUGUGCCGCUGACUCAAACUGCAGCCCCUGAUCUACCGCAACCGUGAAGAUGGCGACCCGGACCAUGCAAGCGGCACGAUGCCCGACAGACGAGCUGUCGCUGACUAACUGUGCCGUGGUGAGUGAGAAGGAUCUGCAGUCAGGACAACAUGUGAGUGUGAAGACCACACCCAACCACAAGUUUGUGUUUACAGUCAAGACCCACCACACUGUGGCUGCAGGAAGCAUCGCCUUCAGCCUGCCACAGAGGAAAUGGGCUGGUCUCUCCAUAGGUCAGGAGGUGGAAGUGGCCAACUACAAUUUUGACAAGUCCAAGCAGUGCAUUGGCGCCAUGACAAUCGAAAUCGACUUCCUGCAGAAGAAGAGUACUGACUCCUCUCCCUACGACUCAGACAAGAUGGCCGCCGAGUUCAUCCAGCAGUUCAACAACCAGGCCUUCUCUGUCACCCAGCAGCUAGUGUUUAGUUUCUGUGACAAGCUGUUUGGCUUGGUGGUAAAGGAUAUUGAGGCCAUGGAUGCCAGCAUCCUCAAAGGAGAACCAGCGACUGGAAAGAAACAGCAAAAGAUCGACGUCGGUCUGAUGGUCGGCAACAGCCAGGUGAUUUUUGAGAAGGCUGAGAAUUCAUCCCUCACACUAGUCGGCAAGGCAAAGACCAAGGAGGCACGACAGACAAUCAUCAACCCAGACUGGAACUUUGAAAAGAUGGGAAUUGGUGGUCUGGACAAGGAAUUCUCAGACAUUUUCCGCAGAGCCUUUGCCUCCCGAGUCUUUCCCCCUGACAUUGUGGAGCAGAUGGGCUGCAAGCACGUGAAGGGCAUCUUGCUGUUUGGACCACCAGGAUGUGGCAAAACGCUGAUGGCCAGGCAGAUUGGCAAGAUGCUCAACGCCCGCGAGCCGAAGGUCGUCAACGGCCCAGAGAUCCUGAACAAGUACGUGGGAGAGUCUGAGGCUAACAUCCGCAAACUGUUCGCCGAGGCUGAGGACGAACAGAAGAGGCUGGGCGCUAACAGUGGCCUUCACAUCAUUAUCUUUGACGAGCUGGACGCCAUCUGCAAGCAGAGAGGAACGGGCGCCAGCAGCACAGGCGUGCACGACACUGUUGUCAACCAGCUUCUGUCCAAGAUUGAUGGCGUGGAGCAGCUUAACAACAUCUUGGUCAUUGGUAUGACCAACAGGCCUGACUUGAUAGAUGACGCCCUGAUGAGACCCGGCAGGUUUGAGGUGAAAAUGGAAAUCGGUCUUCCUGAUGAAAAGGGACGCGUCCAGAUCCUAAACAUCCACACCAACAAGAUGCGAAGCUUCAACCUUCUCGCUUCCGACGUCAACGUCAAGGAACUGGCAGCAGAAACUAAGAACUACAGCGGUGCAGAGCUGGAGGGUCUGGUCAGGGCUGCGCAGUCAACCGCCAUGAACCGGCACAUCAAGGUCACUAGACACAUCCUAAUACACAAAGCAUACAUAGCGCUGUGCCCACCCCACAGUGGAAAGACAGCCCUGGCAGCUAAGAUUGCAGAGGACUCACAGUUCCCCUUCAUUAAGAUUUGCUCUCCAGACAAGAUGAUUGGACACUCAGAGAUCUCCAAGUGCCAGGCAAUCAAAAAGGUCUUUGAUGAUGCUUAUAAGUCUCAGCUGAGCUGUGUUGUGGUGGAUGACAUUGAGCGUUUGCUGGACUAUGUGCCCAUCGGUCCACGUUUCUCAAAUCUGGUCCUUCAAGCUCUGCUGGUGCUACUCAAGAAAGCUCCACCCAAGGGCCGGAAGCUGCUCAUCAUCGGCACCACCAGCAGGAAGGACGUCCUACAGGAGAUGGAGAUGUUAGAUGCUUUUAGCACCACCAUCCAUAUCCCCAACAUCUCUACUGGGGACCAGCUAAUCGAUGCCUUAGAGCUACUGGGAAGCUUCACAGACAAAGAGCGGGCCAGCAUCGCACAUCAACUCAAAGGAAAGCGGGUCUGGAUAGGCAUUAAGAAACUCCUCGUGCUCAUCGAGAUGUCAAUGCAGAUGGAUCCAGAUUACAGAGUGACCAAAUUCUUGUCUCUGCUUAGAGACGAGGGGGCGUUGAAUGAAGGUGACCAAAUCCGAAUAUAAGCUGUUGGUCGCUCUCGCUGUGUACUGGUAAGGUGAA